CCACUUCCGCUUUGCAGAAGAGCAAUGGCGGCAAACAUAAACAUUGCUUGACAACUUGGAUCAAAGUUGGAUCUUUACUUGACGCGAAAAUGAGGAGAUCAGCUGCUCCAAGUAAAACUGGAAAAGAUGCUCCUUUCAAGCGUAUGAAAUUCACCCCUCCUGCACUUGUUACUGGAAAGCAACCCUUGUCUUCCAACACGUUCAACAGCAUCACAAAUAACAAAGUUGUCACCACUGUCACUACUGUCAGUAGUGUCAGGCAAAAUCAUGAGCUGCAACCGACUUCUAGUCCGAGAGCCCCUCCUCAUCCGAAAGAAUACCCCUUUCGCCCCGAAGUACAAUCCACAUUGUCCCCCAAAUUGUUCAGCAAUGUGGUAAGUGGUACACCACAUCAAAUGAGACCCGUUUCUUUUGCUGGUGAGGCUAAGCCUAAGCCGACAUCACCAGUAAUGCCAAGCCCAAUGAUGCUAACAGUAACAGUUGCAGAGACAGAAGUACCAGGAGACCAAGAUAAAACCAGUGGCUUCAACACAUUUCAGCGGAAUGGACAAGAGUCAAAUGCCAAUCCACUUGUUAAAAACUAUGUCCAACAAGACAAGCAGCACCUUAGGCCUGAAAAUGAAAGUAGUGGAUGCGAAUCAGGUGUAUCGUCAGAGGCGCGGACCUUACACAGGCAGAACAUCCAAAGGCCAGUGUACAACAAAAUAAGACCGUCUGAAAAUGAGAGUCCUUACAAACAGGUGCACUCUGGAAAUAGGCCAAAAUAUGAACAAGGUCAAACAGAAAAGAAAACAGCUUCCAAAUACCUUAGUGUUGUCUGGUGUAAAAUGUCCAAAAAGAAGCACAAAAAGUGGGAAGGAGAUGCUGUUCUGGUCACCCACGGUCGGACGGCUUCCUUGUACGACAUGGAGGGCAAAGUGAUCGCCAAGGGUAGCGGUUACAAGUCGGCUGAACUUGAUUCACUCAAAGAAGAUGAAACACUUUUUGUCGGUGGGAAAGAAAUACAGGUGUUGUCGGAGUUGACCGAGGAACAAUUCAAGUCGGGAAAAUGUUUCUCAGCCGGCUCUUGCUCGGCUGAAGCUGUUGUGUCCAGUGUGAAGAAAAAUCUGCCUGCUGCCAAGCCUUUUGCGAAUCCUCUGUUGAAAAAUGGAGCAGCCAAGUCCUGCAGGAAUCCGGUAGCAGAGAAAGCGGCCGUGUGUGUCUCAAGAUUCGACCCCACUGCCCCCGGAGCUGUGGUCAUGCUGAGGCCUGGGUCAGACCAUCAGGUCGGUUGUUCUGGUACCUUUUCUAUUUCCGUUUCAGCUGCUGCCAAGCCUUUUGCGAAUCCUCUGUUGAAAAAUGGAGCAGCCAAGUCCUGCAGGAAUCCGGUAGCAGAGAAAGCGGCCGUGUGUGUCUCAAGAUUCGACCCCACUGCCCCCGGAGCUGUGGUCAUGCUGAGGCCUGGGUCAGACCAUCAGUGGAGGAACAAUAAGCUGGGGCAGCCUGUGACAGACGUGGUUGUGGACCCGUACAUUUCCUCCUUUUUGCGGGCGCACCAGCGAGAGGGCGUCGCCUUUCUCUACGAGUGUGUCAUGGGCUUCAGGGAUUUCCACGGACAAGGAGCGGUCCUAGCAACUGGUUUCUGGAAUUCAAGAAAUGGCUGGGCACAGAGAGGCUCAAUGUCUACGCCGUGUCUUCUGAUAAAAAAGUGCAGGAUUUUAUCAAGUCAAGUAACCACCAGGUGCUAGUCAUUUCCUAUGAAAUGUUUGUGAGAAAUUACGAAGACGUCAAGCAAGUGCCGUUUGAUCUGAUCAUCUGUGAUGAAGGUCAUCGUCUGAAAAACACCGCCAUCAAAACCACCUCCCUGAUCAUGAGCCUCCCAAGCAGGAAGCGAAUCGUCCUCACAGGAACACCCGUACAGAACGACUUGCAGGAAUUUUAUUCCAUCGUCGAGUUUUGCAACCCCGGAAUUCUUGGAACCAGCGCGGCGUUCCGACGCGUGUAUGAGGAGCCCAUCGUGGCCUCGAGGCAGCCGGAAGCCACGGGUGAGCAGAAGGAGUUGGGGACGGACCGGGCUCAGGAGCUGACCAGACUGACCCAGAUGUUUGUCUUGAGGCGGACACAAGAGGUCAACAACGACUACUUGCCGCCGAAAGUGGAGCUGGUUCUGUUCUGCCGACCGUCCGCCCUUCAGCUGACACUGUACCGACAGCUCAUCCGCAGCAACCUCAUUCGCCGCUGUCUGAGCGGGAACCUGUCGGGGUCCCCGCACCUCAUCUGCAUCGGCGCGCUGAAGCAGUUGUGCAACCACCCGGGUCUGAUGUACCGCAAAGCUGCCGAGGCCGAGAUGAAGAGAAGGGGACGGGCGGAGGAACCCGGGUACGGCGAGGAGAGACACAAUGUCACAGAGGAUUCAAUAUACGACGGCUUGCUGCGGUAUUUCCCGGACACUUUUGACGCCAGCACGGUGUCGUGUGCCGACUCUGGAAAGCUGGAGGUCCUGUCCCAGAUUCUCUCGUCCGUGUGGAAACAUUCGUCCAGCGAGAAGGUGGUUCUCGUGUCCAACCACACUAAGACGCUGGACUUCCUGCAGGUGUUCUGUGACUUUGAGGGCUACACGUAUCUCCGUCUGGAUGGACAGACGCCGACGGCGCAGAGACAAGACCUGGUCAACAGAUUCAACAACAAGUUCUCGCCCCAGCGGAUAUUUUUGCUGAGUUCCAAAGCUGGUGGUGUUGGGCUGAACCUGAUUGGAGCGUCCAGGCUGAUCCUCUAUGACAUAGACUGGAACCCUGCCAACGACCUACAGGCAAUGGCCCGUGUGUGGAGAGAUGGACAGACAAGAAAAGUCCACAUUUAUCGUCUGUUGACCGUGGGAACCAUUGAGGAGAAGAUCUACCAGAGGCAGGUGACCAAACAGGGCCUGAGUGAGACCGUCAUGGAGCUCUGCGGCAAGAAUAACAAUGUCAUGUUUUCGCUGGAAGAUUUGAAGGAUUUGUUCUCUCUGAACGAGAAGACAGACUGCGAGACUCAUUCCAUGCUGUCGUGUGGCUGUGGGGGCGACCCGAGUUACGAGAGGGCGGAGGUCAGGCCGGAGGAGGGUCAGGGAGAGGACAGAGCGUGCCAGCUGACCAACAACGCUGUCAGUCUCCAGAAGAACCCCAGCAAUCUGACCAUGGCAGAACUGCUUCAUUGGAGCCACUGGAGGGGAGACUUUGUCCGGGAUGGCAAGUCUUGGUACCUUGACGAGACGGGAUCAACAGUGUCUUUUGUCUUCUGGCACGAGAUCAACAAUGCUUCAUGAUAGCCUGUUCACAUCCCAGCUGCCAGACUUUACUGUACUGUUCAUACACACUUUUGUUCUUUUAUUCCAUCAACUUUGUUUGAGCUUAUCAUAAACCAUUGUGUCAUUAUCAUUAUUGUACAAUAAUUAAUAAUGUAUAAAAGAAGGAAAAAAAUGAUGAAAAUAGUCCACAUUGUUGAAAAACGUUGCAAUAAAUUUUUAAAAGAGUA